AUGUAUCUCCCGGAGCUCCCCGGCGCCCCCGCAAGGUGGCGCUCUAGCGGCGCCCUGUUCCCGCUGGAGGAGCGCACGCCCCCGCCGGGGUUAGCGUGCCACAGCCGCAUUCAGCAGGCCCGGAGUUUUGAGGAAUGUUAUUGGGUGACCAUUAAUCCGAGUUUGUCCGUUGCAGAUGAGGUUGGUGCCCUGGUCUUUGAUAUCGGCUCUUACACGGUGAGAGCAGGGUACGCAGGAGAGGACUGUCCCAAGGCGGACUUCCCCACGGUCAUCGGGGUGUCGCUGGACCGGGAGGACGGCACGGCGCCCAUGGAGACAGAGGGGGACAAGGGCAAGCAGGGCACCACCUACUACAUCGACACCAACCAGCUGCGCGUGCCCCGCGAGGGCAUGGAGGUCAUGUCCCCGCUGAAGAACGGCAUGAUUGAAGACUGGGACAGUUUCCAGGCCAUUUUGGAUCACACCUACAAGAUGCACGUCAAGUCGGAGGCGAGCCUCCACCCCGUGCUGAUGUCCGAAGCCCCGUGGAAUACAAGAGCAAAGAGAGAGAAGCUGACGGAGCUGAUGUUCGAACAUUACAACAUCCCUGCGUUCUUCCUGUGCAAAACGGCCGUGCUGUCGUCGUUUGCAAACGGGCGCUCGACCGGUCUGGUGCUGGACAGCGGUGCCACGCACACAACGGCCAUUCCAGUGCACGACGGCUACGUGCUCCAGCAGGGUAUCGUGAAGUCGCCUCUGGCGGGGGACUUCAUGAGCAUGCAAUGCCGGGAGCUCUUUCAAGAAAUAGGUGUUGAAAUAGUUCCUCCUUAUAUGAUUGCUUCAAAGGAACCCGUGCGGGAAGGAGCUUCUGCCAACUGGAAGAAGAAGGAAAAACUACCUCAGGUCACCCGUUCGUGGCACAACUACAUGUGCAACACUGUGAUCCAGGAUUUUCAAGCCUCAGUGCUGCAGGUGUCCGAUUCUCCAUACGAUGAACAGGUUGCAGCUCAGAUGCCCACGGUGCACUACGAGCUGCCCAACGGCUACAACUGCGACUUCGGCGCCGAGCGGCUGAAGAUCCCGGAGGGCUUGUUCGACCCCUCGAACGCCAAGGGCCUGUCCGGGAACACCAUGCUGGGCGUGGGGCACGUGGUCACCACCAGCGUGGGGAUGUGCGACAUCGACAUCCGGCCGGGCCUGUACGGCAGCGUGAUCGUUACCGGAGGAAACACUCUCAUCCAGGGCUUCACGGACCGCCUGAACCGCGAGCUCUCCCAGAAGACCCCUCCCAGCAUGCGCCUGAAGUUGAUAGCCAACAACACGACGGUGGAGCGCAGGUUCAGCUCCUGGAUCGGAGGCUCCAUCCUGGCAUCGCUGGGGACUUUCCAGCAGAUGUGGAUAUCGAAGCAGGAGUAUGAGGAAGGAGGAAAGCAGUGUGUUGACCGAAAAUGCCCCUAAUGCCACUUCUACCACCCCUCUACCUUAACAGACAAAACGCCACCUCCGAGCUUAGUCCAGCCCUUCCCACAGUACUCAGGAACACCAAGGACACUUGCAAUUUUGUAGUUUUUUUUCCCCUUAUUUUAUACAUAUGUAAUUAAAAUGGCUUUCUUUGUAUUUUUAUGUAGAAAACAUUUGUGGCGCACAUAUUGUACAAUCACUGUACAAAUAGGUUUUUGCUAUUUUCUUACGUUGAAGACAAACUACUGUUAAAAAACAUAGUUUUAUCAAAUCUUCCAUUUUUAUUUUAAAAAAAGGCUUUUUCUAAGCCUCUUUUGAUACCAAACAGUUUGUGAUGACAGAACUAAAGUACAUACAAGCAGUUUGGAAAUAAACUUUUUUUUUAAAGAGA